GAGACAUAAGUCCUCCACUACUAAUAUUCACGCCAUCUCUUUCCCUUCUUCCUCCUCCGCACCCCGCAGGAGAAGAAAAGAUAAACUAUUUUAUAUAUAUAUAUAAUUCUCAAUUAAACCGUCAACCCCUUUCGAUCUUCACUUCCAUUUUGCUUGAUCUAUAGAUGGUUUUUUAGUUUUUGCUUCUGAUUUCCCGGAUGGGAGGAUUAUUGAAAUGAAUUGUCUAUCGGAUUCCUUGAUCACCAGCUUUUGCAUUGGCAAACACUCCUUUGUUUGUUUGUCAGCAAUAUGAAUUCUAUGCAUUUUGUUGCGUGCUGGUAUGGGGGUCAGAAGAUCUGUGCUGCCUGUUAUCCAUGGUUAAUUAGCUUGUGCUUGGCCUUCUCAAUGCAGUCUCAUAAGCGGGUUGUAGAUGAUAUGUGGCUGCCAUUAGUAGAUACAUAGCAUCAAUCAUAUUUGUAGAUUAGGGAUUUGGUCUUCUGGGAUUAGGAAACUUGAAUUCCAUUUGCUGUUAGAUAUUAGGUGUUGGAUUAGAACUGUUGGAGUUUUAGAUUGACAAAACUUAGCAGAACAUAGUGAGUUGUAAUGAAGUAGAUAAGGUGAACCUGAAACAGAUGGAAACUGAAGAGGAAAGAUAGUUUAUUCAGCUCAUUUAGAAACUUAGACAUACUUGUUUCUGCUAUCCUAGUGAUGGGGUUGCCUCAAAUUUCAUCGGACAAUAGUUCUGAGGAAGUUGAAGUAGCAACAAUGGGGACAUUUUUGCAAGGCCGACCAAGAUUUGCUGGUGUCAGCAGCUGUGAUUUAGAUGGAAUUCAGAGAGGUAGCAUGAGCCAAAUAGUUGGGGAUUCUUUCCGUGCUUCUUUGGGAGAUUUUCAGAGGAAAACCUCCUUGGAACUUUCUAAUGUUAAUGGGCUGAAGAUUGGUUCUGCCAAUACUGUUGGUUCAAGUGCCAAAACUGGACAGAAAACACAUAACCCUGUUUCUAGGAUUGUGGGUUUUGAAUCACAUGGAACUAAGGUAGUUGAAGGAGAUUCUUAUGCUCCUGUUCAUUCUUCUGCUGGUGUCAGAACUAAUGAAAUAGAGUCCAGUGGCUCAUUAGUCAGGAAGCGAUUAUUGUCUCCUCUAAAUACUAUGCUUUUCCCAGACCAAUUUACUAGUGAUCCUCUGGACAUUAGCUGCAGCAGUAAUCAGAUAAACUCCCCUGCUAUGAUGGUUCAUGGUAGUAGUAUUUCUGCGUCUCAAGACAGUAAGAAAGCAAAUGUUGGCAGUAAAAUGCAUUUCACUGCAUCAUGGUCCUUAUCUAGCUGCUUGGAACAAAGGAUCAUGCCUUUUGACAAUACCAGAACAGCAUCUAUGUUUUUCACAGAUGGUCCUUUGCUACAACACGAGGAGCCACACCUUUCUAGUAGUUGUUUGAGUUCACCUGGACUUGAUCAUCCCAAGGAACCAAGUAAAGUAGGAUCCCCAAGUGGUGCAAUUGCUAUAUCCUCCCAAAAGUUGAUCUCACCUCUUCCGUCUUUGUCACCUCUUGGUCCAAAGUUUUCCGAGAGAAUGAAAGCUGCAGGGUUAUGCAGGAAUGUUAAAAAUGAGAUAGAUGAUUGUUUUUCUACCCUGGCAAAUAUAGAACAGUCACUUGAUGGUUCUGACUCAGACAUUAUCUUUGCUAAUGAAGAAGAUGAAUUUGGGAUUGCAAGCAAAUCAUUUGAAGAUAUUAGUUUUUUCCACAAAGAAUUUCACCCAUCAUCCCUAGAAAGCUCUGCUGGAUUAAGGUGGCAUAUGGGUUCAGAAUCACCACCCACAUCUCAAAGCAUUAGGUUUAUUAAGGGUUUGAGUGGACUUCCGGUGAGGAGGUCCUUGGUUGGUUCAUUUGAGGAGUCUCUAUUGUCGGGAAGGUUUUUUUCUGGAAAAUUCAAUCAGAUUAAUGGUUUUCUUGCUGUACUAAGCAUUACUGGAGGUAACUUCUCACCACAAUCACAGAAGCUUCCAUUUUCAGUCACUAGCGUGGAUGGAGAUCGCUUUUUGCUUUAUUAUGCAUCCAUAGAUCUUCCUGGAAAUUCAUCAUCAAAUAAGUCCAGAGGCCAAAAACUGAAAAAAGUCCUUAGUAAUGAUGAUUCACAACGUGUUAGGAGCUGGUUACGCAUUCCUAUGAAAGGCCGCAUACAGUUGGUCCUUAGCAACCCAGAGAAGACACCGCUUCACACUUUUCUUUGCAACUAUGAUUUGAGUGACAUGCCAGCUGGCACCAAAACAUUCUUGCGCCAGAAGGUCACCUUAGCCUCUUCUGGUCCAAAUUCUACAGAGUUGAAACAGGUACAGAGUUUGGGUACAAAGGCCAAUGAAGGGUUUACUUCAGUAUCAAAGAAAAGUGAUCCUAAAUGCUCCAGCAUAGAUGGAAUGGAGACUGUUGGUUCUAUGGAACAUGGUGGUGGAUUUAAAGAAACUAAUGGAUCUGAUGGAGUGGAAUCCAUAGAUAUGAACAGGUGCAACAAUGAAAAUUGUAAGGGCCAUUCCUUUGUUGAUUCAUGGCAUGCAACUGAUAAGAAACCUUCCAACGGUUGUUCCAAGGUCAAUGGACACACUAGUGGUGCUGGAUCUCUUCGUUUUGCACUUCAUCUCCGUUUUCUGUGCCCUUCCCCUAAAAAAUGUUCUAAAUUAGUUCAGAGAAAUAAAUCCAACCCUGUAUCUGAAGCACAGAAGACUAGCUGUGACAUGGAUGCAGAGAGGAGGUUCUAUUUAUACAAUGACUUGAGGGUUGUGUUCCCGCAACGGCAUUCAGAUGCUGAUGAAGGCAAGUUGAACGUGGAAUACCAUUAUCCAGAAGACCCAAGAUACUUCGACAUCUAAAACUAAUUUACUCCUUAAUUCAUAAAAAUGUUGUUUCUCAUGCUGACGCUGUACAUAAUUUCACAUGUUUGGUUUACCAUUUCAGCUGAAAAUGGCACUAACCACCAUCAACCUGUACAUACCAUUUUAUUCUGAAAUAAUCUGAUGGGUGUGUUCAACUUCAAAAAAUAUUGUUGACCACU